GCCGCCGUUACCGAGCGAGCAGAGUAAGCGGUGGCCAUGGCGGAGCAGCCAGCGCCAUGCCCCGAAGCGGCGGUCACCGACAAGUGUCCGGAGCCGCCGGCCGUGAGCGCCUCCGCCGAAGGGGUCCCGCCGGUGCCGCGGAGCUGCCCCCACCGGCCCUCUCCGUGCCUUUCUGGGGCGGAGUCUCGCCUAGGGAAGGGGCUGGAAGAGGGGCAGCGUGAAGGAGCAUCUCCCUGCGAGCACCGUCCCUCCCAGAAACGGGCUGGAAGGUUGCGUCCCGCGGGCAGCACGGUUGCGAGUUGUUUCAAAGAGGUGUUACCUACGCUUGUUAUUCCGACUGUUGUACGAAAGUUUCGAAAUACAACAGAUCCAGCUCCUGGUGCUAAAAUAAUAUUCUAUGGCACAGCAGAUGAUCCCGACGUUGCAACUCAUUUGACACAUGGAAUAAAGUCAAUCUCCAAAUCCACUGUAGCUUCACUGAUAAGUCCAGUUGCUAAAAGUGAAUUUCAAGAAAAGCUGCAAGACCUGAAAGAAGCCAUUUACUCCAGUAAUCGUGAAGCACCUUUGGGUAGAUCACAUGAUCAAUCUUCUAAGUUACCUGAGGGCUUGGAUAUAAUUAAUACUACAUUUGGAAUAAAAGUCUUUAAAGAUUUAACAGCUGGAGAGGUUGUAAACCCAUCAAAAACCUUUGAGGAAGUGGAUAAAGAAGCGAGAGAAGGACAUGAGUUGUAUCUGCUGUCACACGAGGAUUAUUACGCGGGGGAACCAGUCAAUAGGAAGUAUAACUCACAUUUCAACAAGUCUUUUGUUUAUGGAAUGGAAACCCCUCACUAUGAAGAUGGGCGAAAUACAGCCAAGACCUUAAAUUGGUUCUUAGACCUGGAUUCGAAAAGAGCACCACACCUUGUGUCAACACAAAGUAAUGAUUUCAAGGAAAAAUACCAGCCUCAGGUUGGAAAAGUUCAUGAUCCUAUAGCAGAUACUAUGAAUGUUCCCCCAGACCAUACAUUUGGAAUGGUGAUCCGCCCAGAUGAAUAUGAUGUUAAUGGCCUUCUUCAUGUCCGGGUUCCGUGUGAGUUCCUCCGUGGGAAGGACAGAGAAAGAGUUAUCUUGAUUGCAGUUCGGCAGUGUCUGAAGAAAGCUAACUAUGAGAAUUUUGAUGUGUUACUAGAAGCAUUAAGACAUUUUGAUAAGAAUGGUGAUGGAAUCUUACACAAAGACAACCUACGAAAGAUCUUUUUUCAGCUGAACAUGAAUCUAGAUGAUGAGCUCCUGGACUUGUUAUUUGACUGCUGUGAUUUGGAUAAGGAUGGUCUGAUUAAUUACCGAGACUUUGCGAACUUUCUGAACUGGAAGGAUAAAAUGGGUGUUAAAGAGUUUGAAGAAAAAAUAAUUAGAAAAGGGGAAAAAUUAGAUGCCUGUCUUCCCAAAGACACAAAGAAAGAGGAUGAACCACUGCCGGAACAGGAAGAUCUUGAGUUAAAAGGAUCAGGAAGCUCAGAAAAGAUGUCUAAACCACUUAAAAGAUCAACAGACAGUGUAUAUACAAAUUAUCAAACGUCAUCUUCUCAGUAUAAUGCUAUAGUAGGUGGUAUCCCAACAUCCUGUUAUCCAUUGUGUGGUGUUCCAACUAUUCGUUCAGAUAUUCCUGCUCCUCGAAUUCGCCGCCUCGCUGACACAACUAAUUAUGGUGACCAGGGCAGUAGUUUUGCAGUAUUGUUCCCUUCUGUCUUCAGUCAAAAGGGAGUGUAUGAAAAAGAUCUUUUAAAAAAGAGACCAAAAGCAGAGAUUAAACAAAUUCUCCACAAUAUGGGCAUGAAUGUUGCAGAUGAAAGAUUUGAAGAAAUAUGGAAGCAAGUGUGUACAAAACAUGAGAUAAAAGAGCUUUGUGAUUGUGAAGAAAGUAUGUGGGAUAUACUGAAUAAGAUACAUGAAUCACGCAUAAAAUUCUAGUCUCUGAUUCUAGUCUCUGGAUACUUCUUUUAUUUAACAUCAGUCAUAAUUCUAAUGCUUAAUAAAUAAUAAACAAUAAAUAUUUAUAUGUGUAUUGUC